AUGAAUUUAUCCGCAACAAAAAAAUUAAUACAAGUUUCUGAAGAAAUACAAAAACCAUUGCAUGUUCCAGUUGUUUUGGGGAAUGAGUGUUUCAUUAUAACCCAACAAGACGUUCGAAAGAUUGAAGAUUCACGUUUUAUAUCAUACCACAAACUUGGCCCAAAUGGAGAGCUUAUUCCAGUCGAAACAGUAUAUGGACAGGAUAUUGCCUUGAGAGAUGCUAUCCUCAUUGCAGGAGGCUGUCAAAAUCAACAACAAACUGUAAACCAGCAGCUCCUGGAAAUGCUUGGAAAAUGUUGCGGUCAAAAACAAGAACCACCCAAACCGAUUAAAGCAUCUAUUGCUCAACAAAUGGAAUGGGCCAGUACAUGCAAUAAUUUAUCCCCACCAUUCCCUUUUACCCAUUCAACGUCCACGUCAAUGAGUGAUAUGCCACAUCCAAAAAUCCCAAAAUGCUGUUGCGCUGAAAAUUGUUGUUGCACUUCUCGAAAAUAUUUCACUCAUCAAGGAAGCAACACCAAAGAGAACGACGACAGUGCAGAGCACAUUGAAGGAUCACUCAGUGCUAGACAAAUGCUGAAAAUUCGCAAAUCAAUUGAAGACACAGUGGGACUAUAG